ACAAGCCGCAUUUGCACUCAGGCAAUCUCAUUAGAUAGCUGCAGGGUCCUAAUUGGCAACACCCUUCCAAGAUGGCAGCGAACAGUAGCAGCACGGGUAGCAAGUCCAGCAGCAGCGCCGGCGGAAAACAGUCCGGACUUUCAGCUGAACAGGUGGUAGCAACAUUUCAGAGGAUGCGUCAGGAGCAGCGUAGUAUGGCUUCGAAAGCAGCUGAGCUGGAGAUGGAUGUCAACGAGCACAGUUUAGUAAUUGAGACCCUAAAGGAAGUGGAUCCUUCCAGGAAAUGCUUUCGUCUGGUUGGAGGAGUGUUGGUGGAAAGGACAGUAAAAGAAGUUCUACCAGCCUUAGAAAACAACAAAGAAAAGAUUUCCAAAAUAAUCGAGACCAUCAACACACAGAUGCAGGCAAAAGGACAGGAGCUCACAGAGUACAGAGAACGUUACAAUAUCCGGCUGGUUGGAGAGGGUGAAGGAGAGGCGCAGGGCCAGUCGGCAGCAAACUCGCAAGACAAUGAAGGAGGAGGAUCCAAAAGUGGAGCAGGAGUUCUGGUCUCAUAAUGCUUUGAGGAUGGACAGGGACAGCAGUGCCCUGUUAUUUCUGCAGCACUGAAGAAGAAAUGAAAACUAGCUCAAGUCAAGGAAUUUAGGUGGAAAACUGAACUUUUCAUAAUGUUCCUUUUAGUUUUCUUGUUUAACUGUAAUUUCCUGGAAGUUGUAAUAAUCAUGGUCAUCUGCUUCUCUGUUCAGUUGUUUAUGUCCUCAUUAAGGUCAUUUGCCUUGCAGAUGUUUUUUAAAAUGCUGUCAUACAUUCAGCAAAUAAAUUAAAAUGCCAUAAAAAGGA